UAGUUCCCGCUCCGGUUUCCCACUCCCCGCUGCCCGUCGUGGAGAACGCGGGGCCUCCAGACUUCCGGAGCCCGGGCGCGUGUACAAGUAGAGCCCGGAGCCGCGUGGCUACCAAAGCAGCCAAGUGGAAAAGAGCUAGCAGGAACACCUUUCUCUCCAGUGCGUAGGAGCGAGAGUAGCGGAGAAGGCGUCGAGUGCAGGGAUGGCUGGAGCAGCGGUGGGCGUCUGGCUGGAGGCGUUCGCCAAGUUUGGCCGGCCGGAGGCGGCGCAGGCCGCCGGCACGGAGGCCAGCUGGCGCCGUCAGGGUGAUGGUGGCGCAGGCGUGGCUGAGGGCGGGGAGAAGGGCGGCGUUGUCCAGGAGAAGCGGCAGCGGAGCAGCUGCGGGCUCUCCGACUCGGACACUGUGGCGUGCAUGCUCAUGGACCGCUUCGCCCCGGCGUGACACAUACAUCAUACAUGGAAGGAGGCGGUAUUUCGCUAAUUUGUACUGUAAAUUAUGUGACACUGUAUCAUACUAGUCCUAUGCCUUGGAAGUGAAUAAUUUUUUGGUUAGCAAUCUCAGUCUGUUCUGAUUUGGCACGGCGCGUUGA